CGCUUGUGCAAACACAGUCACGUCUGCGCCCCUCUUUGUAUCCGCAGCCGUCACAUCCCAGUCCACGUUGAUGAUCCACCGCACUUUGGACAGGUGUAUCAACAUCCCAACAAGAUUCAAGGUGAUUGAACAGCGCUGCUUCGUAAACCUCAAGUGAACGAAACGAGAUCCCGUGUUCGACGUCCUACGCCACCGCAAUCACCAGCCGCACUAGCCCCAAGCUGAGAAAACUUGCAUUGUCGACUGCUUCUCUCGCAUGCGCACGUCAGCACAGCUUAGAAUCCACAACGCUGUUACGCCCGUCUCUCUCGUCGGCGACGAAUCAAGGUAAUGAACGAUGGGCCAGACUCUAAAAAUACCGCACGCCGUGCGGAGCCUCGAUGUGCCCGUUACGAGGAUCCCUCCCAUCGCCGGCUUCGCAGGAUUCAAGAAGCUUUUUUUUUUCCUGCCAUUCUCCGUCCCCCCUUCCCCCCACCACCCAUCGCAUCUCUCCCGUAAGCGUCCGACACGGACGGUGGAGAAAGGGAGAUGGGGGAAAGGAAUGGCGGCGGAGGACUCGGACCGAGCGAGAAAAAGAAGAAGAAGAAGAAGAAGAAGAAGAGGAAAAAAAAAAAGUAUCACUACCACGCUGGAUGACGACGGACGACGACCACGUUUACUGCCGCGCCGGGAUGCCGCGUACGAAUAGAGAGAAAG